AUGCCACCUGACCGACGCACGCAAUCCUUCCGCGAUUGGAGUGUAUCUGGUUUCACGAAAAUUUCCUACAUAUCCUCUCCAUUCAUCGCCACUUUCCUGCUCAUUCAUCUAAGUGCACCAACAAUGGCAUGUCUCGGUGGUUCAUCGCUUUCGUUGCAAACGAUGAUACUAGGACGGGAGUACUACCAAACUCCCUUUGGCGAGAAAUAUCUUGUUCUCGGUCCAAUUGCCGUCCAUGCCUUGUCGGGUUUGUCCAAACGAAUGCUCUCGAAAAAGUCACCACGACCAGCCCGUAGCCUCCUCAGCAUGACAGGAUACUCAAUCAUGAUCCUCUUCCUUCCAAUACACUUCUUUACGCACCGUCUUCACCCCACUUCCCCCCUUGAUUCAAUCCAUUCAGUCGGCCCGGCAGAACUAGAUUUCGAGUUCGUCAAACUAGGGCUGCAGAAGUGGCCCUUCGUGUCAUGGGGGCUCUACGCUGGCCUCCUUCUCUCCGUCGGUCUCCAUCUCGCGGACGGAGCCAACAUAAUCUGGAACAGCUGGUUGAAAGAGUCUCUUGGCCGCCCGCGCAGAUGGCGCAUCCAGUCCCUUGUCAUGUUGGCGUUCCCCCCUCUGAUCGGAUUGUGGUUCCUCGCGAACGAGCCUUCGCUGGUUUUGUCCUCCACGGCCAGACGCUUCGAAGCGGCCUUCAGAGAGAACUGGCUGUAUAGAAUCCUGUGA